AAUGACAGUAAUUAAUCCAUGGCAUUCGUUUUCCGUCAGUUGUCAGACGAACAGUUGCACAGACUCAAGUUUGCAUUUAUUAAAUUUAAGUGGGAAAAGUCUACUUUUCUCACAAUGGCGCUGAGUAUAGAUGAAAUUUUGGAGUCAAUUGGUGGUCACGGUCGCUUUCAAAAGAUUUUGUUGUUGUGUAUGACCUAUGCAUACAUGUCCAUGGCUGCUUUUCAUUUAAUGGUGAUUACAUUCGUAGCUGGAGAACCUAACUGGGAAUGCGUUGAAAACAGUACAAUAUGCAACCUUACUGAGGCAGUAAGUACAGUGAGUGAACAUUACAAAGAACGAUGUGACAUGCCAAGAUCUGAAUGGAAAUUUGUUGAUACUUACACAUCAACAGUUACUGAGUACGAGCUUGUGUGCGAUGAUUCCAUCCUUCAAAGUGUCGCUUCGUCGAUGUACUGGGUUGGGUGGCUUGUUGGCAAUAUCGUCAUUGGAUAUAUUUCAGAUAAACUUGGGCGUAAGAAAGCUAAUCAAUUAUCAGUCGCGCUUGUCUUUUUCUCUUCCUGGGUAUUAAUUUGGCCAAAACAACUCUGGAUGUUCGUAUUAUGUCGUUUUAUUACUGGAAUUGGAAGUGGAGGAGUAUGUAUGUGCGUUUUUAUUAUUGUCGUUGAAUUCAGCCCCAGUAAGCAACGUGGAACAGUGGGAUCUUCGCUAUGGUUAUCUGGUCCAGUUGCUUUUUGCUCGAUAGCGCUGUUUGGGUAUUUAAUUCGUGAUUGGAGAUAUUUGAUGCUCCUUGGUGCAGCGUUGGGUACUCCUGUCAUGAUUUUUAUUUGGUUUAUUCCUGAAACACCACGACACCUGUUGGUUCAUGGGAAAUAUGAAGAAGCCCGAGCGGUCCUGGAGAGAGUUGCGCGCUGGAAUAAAAAGGAGAUGCCCCAGGAUGACAUUUAUGUUCCUAAACAAGCUGACAGUGAAAAAACUGAUUUUAGAGAUCUUUUUUAUGACAAAUCAAUUACUUUGAUCACUUUAGCAACCUGGUUUUUAUGGUUUACAGUCUCCUUGAUGUUUUAUGCAGUUUCAUACAAUGCUGUAUAUCUGGGUGGCAAUAUUUAUCUCAGUUUUUUUCUCACCAACAUCGUCCUGACUCCUGCAAAUGUAUUGACAAUUGUGGUAAUUAAAAAGUUUGGUCGUAAAAAGACAAUCAUUAUUGGUUUACUUAUUGCUGCCAUUUCUAAUGUGGUCACAGUCUCCAUUCCGGCUGACAGAACUAACACAGGUUUCUCAGCGGGAAGAAUAAUUACUGCGAUGAUUGCAAAAGGAUCGAUUUAUGUUUCAUUCAUUGGUAUCUACAUUCAAGGAGCUGAAGUAUUUCCAACCACUGUUAGAAAUAUCGCUAUGGGAACAUCUUCUGCUUGUGCUCGCGUUGGAUCUUUUAUUGCUUUAUACAUUAUUUGGUUGCAAAGAAUCCAUCGUUACGUUCCAUAUACUAUCCUGGGCAUUCUGUGUUUAUUAUCUGGAAUCACAAGCUACGUAUUUAUUCCUGAAACGAAAGGAACGACAACACGCGAAUUCUUUACCACUAAAUCAAAAAAUGAUCAAGAAAAUGAGACGCAUCCUCAGGCUUAUGAAAACCAAGUGUCAAUCAAUUGAUCAUUUAUCGUUAACUUUUUUUUUAAUAUACAAACUUGUCCAUUUGGUGAAAAUUGAUUUAAACACCCCGCACACGCGAACAUUUAUACACUGAGGAUAUUGAAACUUGGAAAUAUGUUAGCGUGGGAUAUUCUCGGAUGAUGGAUUCGUGAGUAAUUCAUCUCACAAAGGCAUUGAUAUCAGUCAUAUUAGUUUUUCAAGUCGUGUUUUAGAAUCUAUUGUCUCAACCCAAAACGAAUCCUCGCACGAAUGAAAAUCGCCUCCGUGGAUGAAUUCCUCGCAAAUUCAUCUAUAUUAAAAAAUGAUCUAUAAAGAAUCAUCUAUAAAGAAUAAUGAAUGAUUGUGGUUAUCAAACCGUGUAAUAUGCAAGCCAAUAUGUAUACUUUUGGGGGGAAAUUGAAUAAAUCGAUUCAGCUCGCAGCAGAACAACUGAAAAAUGAAAGACAUACUGGCAGUUAGGUCGGAUAGCUUGCCUUCGAAUUCAAUUCAGUGUGACUUGAAAGAGAUCAGAUGAAAUAUCAAUUACUGAUCAAGAAUCUUAACUUCAUGCGUAUUUUAAACUUGUUCGAGAAAAAUAAAGCUGAAAAUCUUUAUACGCGCCGUAGGAAGUAACGGGUGUUGUAUGAAGCUAACUGGAAUAAGUU